CGCUUUUCUUCCUCCUCCACCGACGAACGAAAGCCAUGGCAGAGCAGCAUUGGGACCCGUCGAGACUGUUCGAGGGUGCGACUGGACGGGGCUACGCCGUCAUCUUGCUCAACCAGCCCAUCCUUCCAGUCCAUCGCUCUUCCUUUCUCAAGCUUUGGUGCGGGGCGACGCUUCGCAUCUGCGCAGAUGGCGGCGCCAAUCGCCUGUACGACUCCUACUUCGCACCGGACAGCUCAUCGACAUCGUCGGUAGUAUCCGAUGUCCCAGAGCCGCACGAUAUCAUCGGCGACCUCGACUCUCUGCGUCUAGACGUGCGCAGCUACUUUGAGCAGAAGGGCAAGACGACAGUCAGGCACGUCGCCUCGCAGUACUCGACCGACCUGCAAAAGUGCGUGCUGCGAGUCGAGGAGCUCGAGACGGAAGGUGCACAGGCGGAACAGAUGGACCUUGUCCUCGUCGGUGGGCUCUCGGGCAGGCUUGACCAGACGAUGCACACGAUCCACGUCUUGUGCCAGCUCUCUCCGCUUGAAUCGAGCGGCGAAAGGGCCGACACGGGCCCGCCGCGGCGACACAAGAAGAUGCCACGGGCCGCCGAUGGCGAGGUGCGCGAGGGAGAGAGCGAGGAGGACGACUUUGCCACGCUGCAAAAGCGCAAGACGACGUACGUCAUUAGCGAAAACUCCGUCGCUUGGAUCCUGUCAAAGGGCAAUCACUCAAUCGACGUCGACGAUGACAGGCUCUUUGGACCGACGUGCGGCCUCUUACCGUUUGAAUUGCAGCUCGAUUCGUCGAACUCCGCCGCGCCCACGUCGGGGGCCAUCAUCAAAACUCAAGGGCUCGAGUGGGAUCUCGACGGGACACCCUCAGCUGUCGGAGGCUUUCUCUCAACAAGCAACCACCUCCGAAAGGGGCAGCAGAUUCAUGUACAGACAGACCGCGCCAUCAUCUGGACGGUGGAGCUUCGAUCAGACCAAUCAUAGAGCAAGUAGUGGAAUGGUGAUGGAGUCGUCAUUCAUCUCGAGAAGGC